AUGAAGAGGAAACUCAUCAAAGACUUCACCUCCGUGCACACGGGGAAGAAGAAGAUGUACAUCCUCAACGAGCUCGAACCGAGCGCAGAGCUGACGGGAGGGAACUGGUACACGUCCGGCGAGCUGGACACGGAGAUGGUCGAAAGCAGCGCACAGAUUGCUCUCUGCUUCUUCAACAUGAGACAGAGGAAGGGAGGCUCGGUAGCUGAGGUCAGGGACUUUCUGAAAGCCAAGGACGUGAUCAAGUGUGAUCUGACGAUGGAGGAAGUCUUUCAGCUUGUAGAGACUCUCCUCUACGACGGGCAAGUAGAACGAGUCCGAAGCGAGAAUGUCUCUCCCGGCGAAGCAACUUUCCGCGUUGUCAAUCGCCCUAAGGUUUCUCUCGACCAUCUCUCUUCCAUUCCCACCUCCAUCUGCCCGACUGCUCAAUCCUCCUUCCCUCCCAAGCCUUCUGAUUGCCCAUACGUAGACUACUGGUUGACCCUGUAG